AUGGUGCACCAUCAUCAUCGUCGCCACGGCCUCCAAGCGAGCCACCGCUGCUGCAUCGUCGGAAGUCGCGUGAGCACGUGCGGCUCGCUCCUCCAGAUACUGCUGCUGAUCCUCAGCCUUUGGCUGCCCGUGCUCGACAACAGCGGCGGUCUCGCCCUGGCGUGCGGACCCGGCAGAGGCGGCGGCCGACGGUCGAACCAGAGGAAGCUGACGCCUCUGGUGUUCAAGCAGCAUGUGCCGAACGUUAGCGAGAACACGCUGCCGGCGAGCGGGCUCAGCGAGGGACGCGUAUCCAGAGGCGACUCCAAGUUCCGGGACCUGGUGCCCAAUUACAAUCAGGACAUCAUCUUCAAGGACGAGGAGGGCACCGGCGCCGAUCGGCUCAUGACACAGAGAUGCAAGGAGAAAUUGAACAGCCUCGCGCUCUCGGUGAUGAAUCAAUGGCCGGACGUGAGGCUGAGGGUAACCGAGGGCUGGGACGAGGAGGGUAAGCACGCGAUAGAUUCACUGCACUACGAAGGACGUGCUGUCGACGUGACGACGAGCGACCGGGACCGCUCAAAGUACGGAAUGCUGGCGAGGCUCGCGGUCGAGGCUGGUUUCGAUUGGGUCUACUACGAGUCCAGGUCGCACAUUCACUGCUCCGUUAAAUCCGACUCGUCUUCGGUGGGCAAGUCCAGCGGCUGUUUCCCCGGCAAGAGCCUGGUCAGAACGGAGAACGGCGGCACGAAGAGGCUGGAGGAAGUGCAGCUCGGUGAUCGCGUCGCCGCCUUAGACCCCUACGGGAACGUCGUGUACAGCGAGGUGAUCGCCUUCCUGGACCGUUCGCCGUUCGAGAGGAGGCAGUUCAUCCGCCUGACGACCGAGUCCGGCCGAGUGCUCACGCUGACACCGGCGCACUUGGUGCCGGUGGAGGGUCGAUCGUCCGUGUUCGCCGCCAAGGUGCAGCCGGGCGACAGGAUCCUCGUGAGCGGGACGAACACGGCGGAGAAUCGGGCGGAGGACCAAGCGAAGAACGAUCUGCGAUGGGAUAGCGUGGUGGAAGCGAAGCUCGUCCUCGAGGAGGGCGUGUUCGCGCCGCUUACGACGGAGGGCAACCUGCUGGUGAACGACGUCGUGGCGUCCUGCUACGCCGUGGUCGACAGUCAGUCGGUGGCGCAUUACGCCUUCCUGCCUAUGAGGAUCUGGCACAGUAUGGUGUCCUUCUUCGUGCAGACGAGGCCAACCGAGGCCCCACGAUAUCCCGAAGUGAGGCAGCGCGCCGAGAUUGGGGCAUCGUCGAACCAGACCACGACGAUCACGACGCAGCAGGACGGCGUCCACUGGUACGCCUCGUUCCUCUACUCGCUCUCCAGCUACGUGCUGCCGUCGAAGAUGCUGUACGACUGA